CUAAGAAAAAAGUAACCUUAGUAAAGUGUUUGCUUUGUUUUAGUUCUGCUCUGAUUGAAUAAUAACUUAUGGCUGGGCUGGCCGAAGCAUUUGCAUUAUGAACUCAAAUUGCUACAUGAGUUUGGGCUAAAAUUGAAGCCAUGUUCACGACCCAAAUCCAAAUUCUCAACCCAACUGGAACCUCGAAAUGGGAAAACUAAUGAAGCCCCGCCUAAACUCCUCCUCCGCCUUCCGCAGGACGGCAGCUUGUUCGUUGUUCCGUUCAAAAAUCUGCCCCCAAAUUUGAUGGUGUUUUAUAGUAGCGAUCGACAUAUCGACUUGUAAUCCCAAAAAUUUGCAGAAUUCACCAAAAUUUUUUGAUUUUGGGCCCUUGAAAUCAGAAGCCCUAACCCUAAAUUUCAUAUUUCAUGGCGUCGAGAAAGAAACAUUCAGAAGGAAUCGCUUUACUCUCCAUGUACAAUGAUGAAGAUGAUGAAGAUAUGGAAGAUCUCGAUGACCAGCAACAUGAAGAACAACAAGAAGUAGAAGAAGAAGAGCUGCUGGCAGGUCAGAACGAUUAUAGAGAAUCAAACGAGAUGGUACCUGAUUCAGUUAACGAUGCAAUGAUAACUCAAGAAUUGCCUAAUGAAUCAUCAGAACAUGUAGAAACAUUACACCAUGAUGAAAUGAAUAACACUGCUAUUCAGUCCGAAGAUGCAGAAAAUGAAGGUGCAGCUAAUGUUCCUGCGGAAGAUGUUGAUGCAUUAGCUCAAUUUCUUUCCUCGCCACCAAAAGACAGGUGCCCAGAGGAGCUGCAAAGGAAAAUUGACAAAUUUCUUGCUUUGAGGAAGAUUGGCAGACGCUUCAAUGCAGAAGUCCGCAAUAGAAAGGAUUAUCGAAACCCUGACUUCUUGCUGCAUGCAGUUAGGUAUCAAGAUAUUGAUCAGAUAGGUUCUUGCUUCAGUAAAGAUGUAUUUGACCCUCAUGGAUAUGACAAAAGCGACUUCUAUGAUGAAAUAGAAGCUGAUAUGAGACGUGAAAAGGAGAGGAAGGAACAAGAGCUGAGGCGGAGUCCCAAGGUUGAAUUUAUUUCUGGAGGAGCUCAGCCUGGACAGGUUGUGCCCCCUCCAAAGUUUAGCCUGCCUAUUCCAGCUGCUGCUCCUAGUGGUUUGCAUUCUGCAUCAACUAUAGCUGAUGCUGCCCGGGAUGGUAGACAGAACAAGAAGUCAAAAUGGGAUAAGGUGGAUGGUGAUGGAAGAAAUCUUCUACCGACUAGUGGACAGGAUUCUUUAACUACUGUGGCAGCACAUACAGCACUUUUAUCUGCUGCUAAUGUUGGUGCUGGAUACACAGCUUUUGUGCAGCAGAAACGGCGAGAAGCAGAAGAAAGAAGAUCUAGUGAAAAGAAGUUGGAGGGAAGAUCUUGAGCCUGUUCAUUAUAAUUCUUGACAGAAACAGAGACACACUUAUUAGAGGAAUCCUUUCUCCACAUUUUUUCACAUAUAACUAAUUUUUAUGAAUGAAAAUCAUAGUCAACCUUGCCUUACAAUCAAAUUUGUAAUUCCAAUCCUGAGGCUCGAUGUAAUAUAGCAAACAGCAUGAGUUGAAUGUCUUCGUGUACACAUGCAGAGUUUGAGUUGACAAACGUGACUAGCUCAAAUUUCAGCUUAAUAUAAUCUUUGCAGUGAUUCUAGCCUAAUACAAUAAUGGAGAAACUCGUGAUGUUCGAGA